UACGGCUGAGAUCCGGGCUUGACUCACUCUAGACAAUUUUAGAGUGAAGAAGUUUGUUACGCCACUUCUCUGCGUUUCAUACCAAGGUCCUGCAUCAUGUCUAUUGUCAAGAUCCAUGCCCGAGAGAUCUUCGACUCUCGUGGAAACCCGACCGUAGAGGUUGACCUUCACACCAACAAAGGCUUGUUCAGGGCUGCUGUACCAAGCGGAGCAUCUACUGGAAUCUAUGAAGCCUUGGAGCUCCGGGACAAUGACAAGACUCGUUUCCUCGGCAAAGGAGUCUUGGAUGCUGUUUCUCACAUAAAUUCAAUUAUUGCACCUGCACUUGUUGGCCAAGAGAUCAGUGUUAUUGAGCAAGAGAGAAUUGACCAGAAGAUGAUUGAAAUGGAUGGCACGGACAACAAAUCCAAAUUGGGAGCCAAUGCCAUCCUGGGUGUGUCUCUUGCUGCUUGCAAAGCUGGUGCAGCAGAGAAAGGAGUCCCCCUGUAUCGUCACAUUGCUGACCUUGCGGGAAACCCUGAAGUCAUCUUGCCUGUGCCGGCCUUUAACGUAAUCAACGGUGGCUCCCACGCAGGCAACAAGCUUGCCAUGCAGGAAUUCAUGAUCCUGCCAGUUGGUGCCAGCACCUUCAAAGAGGCCAUGCGUAUUGGAGCCGAGGUCUACCACAACCUCAAAAAUGUCAUCAAGAAGAAAUACGGACAGGAUGCCACCAAUGUGGGUGACGAAGGUGGUUUUGCUCCAAACAUCUUGGAAAACAAGGAAGCCCUGGAGUUAAUCAAAGUGGCCAUCGCCAAAGCUGGCUACACAGAUGAGGUUGUGAUUGGCAUGGAUGUGGCUGCAUCUGAGUUCUACAGGGAUGGAAAAUAUGACCUUGACUUCAAGUCACCUGCUGACCCAAGCCGUUACAUCACUCCCGACCAGCUGUCUGAUCUCUAUAAAGACUUUGUGAAGGAUUAUCCCGUGGUUUCGAUCGAGGAUCCCUUUGACCAGGAUGACUGGCAGGCCUGGACCAAUUUCACUGGAAGCACAGAUUUUCAGGUCGUUGGAGACGAUCUGACGGUAACCAACUCCACUCGCAUCGACAGAGCUGUGAAGGAGAAAGCCUGCAACUGUCUGCUGCUGAAAGUCAAUCAGAUCGGCACAGUUACUGAGUCCAUAAAAGCCUGUAAGAUAGCUCAGCAGAAUGACUGGGGUGUGAUGGUCAGCCAUCGCUCUGGUGAAACUGAGGAUGCUUUCAUAGCAGAUUUGGUGGUUGGCUUGUGCACUGGACAGAUCAAGACCGGGGCACCUUGUCGCUCUGAGCGUUUGGCCAAAUACAACCAGAUUCUGAGAAUUGAAGAGGAUUUGGGGGCCAAGGCUCGUUUUGCUGGAAGAAACUUCAGAAAGCCAGUGGUUGAGUAAAUGUAUGAAGCAUUUACUUUUCAUACAAAUGGAUUCACACAAAUGCAAAACAGCACUGGAUUAUGAUCAGUCAAUAAAUACUAAGUAAUGUAGACCAAUUUGCAUGCUAACUGAUUCAAAGAAAAGAAAACAUACUGUAGACUUAGGACACUUUAAAAUCUUCAACUGUAUUUUGAUUUGUUUUUUAAAAACAAGAUUGGAUUGUAACUUGAUUCGCAGCACUUACUUAUUGUCAAAUUGCAGUUAAUAAAAUGUUUUGUUAGUGACAAAA